AUGGGCGACGACGCUGACGACCUCCCACUGAGUUUCCAUUUAUCAGACCAGGAUGCGGACAACUACGACAUUGUAUUCCCGAAAUUGGCAGACCAUUAUGGCAGGAAACGCAAUCUGGUGUACGAGCGUGCGAAAUUCCACCAGAGGUCCCAACAGCCCGGAGAGUCGAUUGAUGGCUACAUAACUGAUUUGUUUCGUUUGGCAGAACGUUGCAACUUCAAGCAGCUCCACGACGAGAUGAUCCGUGAUCGCCUUGUUGCAGGAGUUGCAGACACUGCCCUGUCCCAGAAACUGCAACUGGACCCAUCUCUUACACUGGACAAAGCUCUGGCACAAGCUCGCCAGAAAGAGACUGUUCGAACACAACAGUCCACUGUCCGUCACAGUUCAUCAGCUGGUGCAACUCUUCACCAAGUCCACGCUUUUGAACAGCAGCAUCACUCUGCAUGCGAGUCGUGUACUUGUGCACUGGAGCUGAAUGCACUUAGCAUGCGACCACAAUCUCACCAAGGUGUGAAACAUCCCGCCCAAAUGCACACUAGUAGUAGCUCUCAGUCUGCCUCCAACACCAGUCACAUGCAUAGUCUGCAGUCCUCUGCUGCUAGCUCUGGUCCAUUACAGUCUGCUGACCAGUGGCACUAUCCUCCAGCCUACCUAGGUGCAUUGUCCGCUGAUACUGGGUGGUCUAUGCCCAUGCUGCUGCAGUCAGUGCCAGUUACAAUGAAGGUCGACACUUGUGCAGACGUAACUGCCAUCCCAGCCAGCUUAUAUGACGACAUAUCUGCUCACCAUCAGCUCAACCUCCAGGAAUCCGACCGUACGCUGAAAUGUCCAGACAACGCAACUCUAGCUGUUUCAGGCCGCGUCACACUCAGUAUCUGCCGUGCUGCAUUUUCCGACUUUGCAGUAGACACGACAGUGUACGUUGUACCGCACCUGAAAACACCUCUGCUCGGCCGGCCAGCCAUCGAAGCCCUACAUAUCUUCAGUCCGCCAGCAGAUUUGCUCAGCGCAACUACCGGUACUUUUGAGCAGUCCUCCGUCAAAUCGCAGUACCCUGAGCUCUUUGCGGGAGUUGGUUCGUUUGGCAGCGAGCACGCGAUUCGGCUGGUCGAUAAUGCACAGCCUUACUCUCUGCCUACACCACGCCGUAUCUCUCUACCGAUGGAAGCCAAAGAUAUCGAAGAACUGCAGGCCCUCGAACAGAGUGGUGUCAUUCGCAAGGUAACUGAGCCAACCGAUUGGUGUGCCGGUAUGGUAGUGGUUCCUAAACCCAACCCUAACGUGCGCAUCGGUGGCGACUUUACCCGACUCAACCAGGCUAUCCGACGGGAACGUCACAUCAUGCCAACAACCGAUCACCUGCUUGCUCGCCUCGGCACAGUCAAGGUCUUCUCGAAGCUGGACGCGAACAAGGGCUUUCACCAGAUCCCCUUCUCGCUGGAAUCUCAACUGCUAACAACAUUCAUUACGCCCAUCGGUCGUUUCUGCUUUCGACGACUCCCGUUUGGCAUCUCCUCUGCACCUGAGUACUUCCAGAAGCAGAUGUCUGACCUGCUGAGCGACCUGCCAGGCACAAUGUGCAUGAUUGACGACGUUCUAACCUUCGGUGACUACGAACACGAGGAGGAGAAGAAUCUGCAUGCAGUCCUGCAAACGUCUCUCAUCAGCCGGAAUCACACUCAACCCAGACAAGUGUGCUUUCCACCAACGUUCAGUCAAGUUCCUGGGACACAUCCUCGACGACAACGGCAUCCACCCUGA